UUGUCAGGUGGCGGCGCCGCAGCCAUGGAAGGAGGCGGUGGCAGCGGCUGCGGCUCGGGUGGCUGCGCUGGGAGGCAGCGGUGAGUUGCUCCCACGCCCCCGGCCCGGCCCCGGCCACCGGGACGGAGAGCCGAGCAGCCCCGGCUCUGGGCUGCGGACUAUGGGCGAGCAGCGCUGAACCCCGGGAAAGAACUGAGAAUGAAGCGGAGAGCAUCAGACAGAGGAGCUGGGGAAACGUCGGCCAAGGCCAAGGCUCUAGGGAGUGGCAUUGCCGGAAAUAAUGCCAAGAGAGCGGGGCCAUUUAUCCUGGGUCCCCGCCUGGGCAACUCGCCAGUACCAAGCAUUGUGCAGUGUUUGGCAAGGAAAGACGGCACGGAUGACUUCUAUCAGUUGAAGAUCCUCACCCUUGAGGAGAGAGGGGAGCAAGGAAUAGAGAGCCAGGAGGAAAGGCAGGGCAAGAUGUUGCUGCACACCGAGUACUCGCUGCUCUCCCUGCUGCACACACAGGACGGCGUGGUCCACCACCAUGGGCUCUUCCAGGACCGCACCUGUGAAGCAGUCGAGGACACAGAGUCUGGUCGGAUGGUGAAGAAGAUGAAGAAGCGCAUUUGCCUCGUCCUUGACUGCCUCUGUGCUCACGACUUCAGUGACAAGACUGCCGACCUCAUCAACCUACAGCACUAUGUCAUCAAGGAAAAGAGGCUCAGCGAGCGGGAGACUGUGGUCAUUUUCUACGAUGUAGUCCGGGUGGUGGAAGCCCUGCACCAGAAAAACAUCGUGCACAGAGACCUGAAGCUUGGGAACAUGGUGCUCAAUAAAAGGACCCAUCGGAUAACCAUCACCAAUUUCUGCCUUGGGAAACACCUUGUGAGUGAGGGGGACCUGCUGAAGGACCAGAGGGGGAGCCCUGCCUACAUCAGUCCUGAUGUGCUCAGUGGCCGACCGUACCGGGGCAAGCCUAGUGACAUGUGGGCCCUGGGUGUGGUUCUCUUCACCAUGCUCUACGGCCAGUUCCCAUUCUACGACAGCAUCCCACAGGAGCUCUUCCGCAAGAUCAAGGCUGCGGAAUACACCAUCCCUGAGGAUGGGAGGGUCUCUGAGAAUACAGUGUGUCUUAUCCGGAAACUGCUGGUCCUUGACCCUCAGCAACGGCUGGCCGCUGCGGAUGUCCUAGAGGCCCUCAGUGCCAUCAUUGCAUCUUGGCAGUCCCUGUCCUCUCUGAGUGGGCCUUUACAAGUGGUUCCUGACAUUGAUGACCAAAUGAGCAACUCUGACAGCUCCCAGGAGGCAAAGGUAACAGAGGAAUGCUCCCAAUACGAGUUUGAGAACUACAUGCGACAGCAACUGCUACUUGCUGAAGAGAAAAGCUCCAUCCAUGAGGCCCGGACAUGGGUACCCAAGCGGCAGUUCGGUAGCAUGCCACCAGUGCGACGGCUGGGCCAUGAUGCCCAGCCCAUGACUUCCUUGGACACAGCCAUCCUGGCACAGCGCUAUCUGCGGAAAUAGUGCCCUCAGCUAGGGCACCAGCCCCAGCACACCCUUCCUCAGCCCCGCCAUCCAGCCCAGGCCCAGCCCAGCAGUACUGGACUGAAUCCUAGGCUGCUACAGGGACAGGGCAGGGAUAGGGAUAGGGACAGCCCAGGUCACAGCCAGGGUCAACAGAGGUACCACAAAGCUACCUUUUGGGAUGAUUGCUUGAUUUUUUUUUUUUUAAAUCUGAGAAUUCUAGAUACCUGAUCUGCUUUUAAUCAUGACAUUUUAAUCUACCUCUGUCUAUCUAACCACGCUGUCUCUGGACCGAGUGCCGGGAGGAAAGAGGGGAGCCUAUGCUCGCCAUCCAGGCCCUGGAACAGCUACAGCCUGGCCAGGCCACUGCUCCCCACAGUCCAUAUAAGCUGACCAUGCAGCUCGCUACUGGCCCCCAGUAAGCACCCCUUCCCACUGUCCAUGUCCCACUACUACCCCCUUCCCAGGGCCUCAGUCUAAGCUUUGGAACACUUCCACCUCAUCUUCCGCCCAAUUCAAAUAUAUUUAUUUUUUUACUGAACCCAACUUCUCUGCCCCCCAGCCCGCUGGAUAAUGGCUCCCUUCUCACCCCCAGGCUCCUAGGAGUUCUCUUGCCAGUUCUCUGCUCUCAACCCCCGGGCCCUCUGUCUACACUUGGCUCUUUCUUUGUCUCAGUAGCUUCCCUGAGGUGCUUCAUCCACAUUAGCCCUGCCUCCUCCGUCCUUCUCGGGUACCCAGGUAACAUGGACAUGGUGUGAAGGGACCUGUGGCCAGCUUUGGAGGAUGCUCUGGGCCUGCACGGGACAGGCCACUUAUGCUCAGAGACCCUCCCACCCUGUCUCAGAAGUAUCUCUCCCAACAGACCCUGGGCAGAUGCCUACCCAGGGGUGGAAGACUUGGAGGAAACCUGUGGGGAUCGGGGACCUACCUGGCUUGAGAACAGCCCUGCUAUCCUUUUUGAGCCGAAAUUUUGAAGUGGAUGCCCGUCUUGCCAGAAAUGCUGUUCUCUCCAGAAUGCCCCUUCCUGCACUGGACUUGGCACACCCAGUACCAAGCAAAGACCCAAUUCUGGAGGCCUACACCCUGUGUACCCUCAGAGAGGGUGAUGUCCCCCCCUGGCAGUCCUAGACCGUUUCUGCCUCUUGCUCUCCAAAUGGGGGAGACCAUGUUUCUUAGAGUGUGAGCUGCCCCUCUCCCCCUGAAAAGCUGACUCACUGUGAGUGACCUUGGGCAAGUUCCCAAAAAAAAAAACCUCCUUGUGCCUCAGUUUCCCCAUCUGGAAAAAAUGGGGCCACCUCUUGCCAGCAGUAGCAGGGCCGCCCAUGCCCCUUCCUCCCCAGACCCCUCCCCCCAUCCAGCCCUGGGCGCCUGUGCCUCUGUUUUGCUGGGUCUGCAGGAACCCACCUGAGCCCAGCACUUCCCUUAGUACCCAGCCUUGCCUCUGAUUCAGCCAUCCAGCCACUGAGAUCAGGGCAUGGUGCUGGGUGGGGGGAGGGCUCUUUUCUAUAUUUAUUUGAUAACAAAAAGUCUCCUAAGGGAGUAGAAAUGCAGUCAACCUGGGCUUCAGCCCAUGAUUGCCCUCCAGUGAGGCUCUGUGGCCUGGUUAAGGGCCCUCCCGGGUGGAGCCCCUGCCUAGUGUCUCAGGCCUGCAUUCACAGCCCUUUUAAAAGCAAUACCUUCAGGUCUGCAGAGCCCAUCAGACAGCCUGGUUCCUGCCAAGGUCAGCCCUAGGUCUGAUGGUAUUUCUGGCAAUGCAGAUGAGAGGAGGUUGGGCCUGCCCUCACUGGUGUCACACACUGAGAAGUCCUAUUGUAAAGAAAAAAACAAACAAAAAAAACAAAAAAACACAAAAUGGAAAAAGUCACAAAAAAGUUUGUAUAAAGACGUAUUUUUGUACUACAUGGGGACUCUUCCUGCAUGUCAGCAAUAAAACUUCCUGAUCUGGA